AUGCCUGGCGAGGCGCAGCGUGAGGAGGGGCAGAUGGUGCUCCCUCUGUGGGGCGACGUGGCUGGCCCUGCGGGGCCCAGCGAGGCCCGGCAGGACGGCCCCUGCCCCCCGUCGUGGGACUCCCCGGAGCCGCACGACCCGGACACCGAGAGAUGGCACCUGUCGUUCCGGCUGUUCAGCGCCCCCGUGGGCACCCACCCUGUGCAGGUGCUGUGGCAGCUGUGGGAGCUGUGCCACCUCUGGCUGCGCCCCGACCUGUACAGCAAGGAGGAGAUGCUGGACCGGCUGGUGAUCGAACAGUUCCUCCUCUCCGUGCCCGAGCACCUGCAGGUGCUGGUGAAGGAGAGCGGCGUGCGCCGCUGCCGAGACCUGGAAAAGCUACUGAGGCACAGCUGGGAGCCCACCAAGUGGGUGGUUGAGGAUGUGGAGGGUCGGCAAUGCCUGGUGCCUGUGUCCCAGCUGCAGGAGGGCAGAGCUGAGGCGGAGGUGGAGGACCAGGAGGAUGAGGCUGAUGAGGCAGAGGAGGACGGUGCCAUCGACCUGACAGCCAAGCCCCAGCCGCCCUGCAACCAGGAGCCGGAGGACAGCAUCCCAGCGGAGGUCAUGGCGGGGAGCAGUGGGGGCCAGCAGCAACCACAGAGCGAGAACGUGGACAAAGCGGAGGCCAUGAACAUAGCCGCGGAGGAGGAUGACACGGGGGGAGACUGGACCGGGGCGCCAGGCCCAUCCCCUCAGCCUCUGUCCCUGCAAGGCCCUGAUGCAGCAGAGGGGGAGCCAAGGAGCCCCCACGAAGAGGCCGGCACCCCUGCAGCUGCCGGCCACCAGAGAGAUUUGGCUGAGACCGGGAGAGCCGAGAGGAGGCCCAGCCACUCACCGGGGUCCCCGGAAGAGUCCCCGAGCCCAGGGGGGACAGGGGGCCGGCCCGAGGCCCAUGGAGGUCGGCAGCACCAGUGUGGGGAGUGCGGGAAGUGCUUCCAGUACAAGUCGCAGUUCGUGAUCCACCAGCGCACGCAUUCGGGGGAGCGGCCGUUCCUCUGCCACACGUGUGGCAAGGGCUUCAUGCAGCCCUCGGACCUGCGUGUGCACCUGCGCAUCCACACCGGCGAGAAGCCCUACCAGUGCCGCACCUGCCUCAAGCGCUUCACGCACGAGUCCACGCUGCUGGGCCACCAGCGUGUGCACACCCGCGAGACGCCCUUCCGCUGCGCAGACUGCGGUGCGGCCUUCAGCCACCGUGGCAACCUCAACGUUCACAUGCGCAUCCACACCGGAGAGAAGCCCUAUGCCUGCCGCCACUGUGCGCUACGCUUCCGCCAGCUUGGCACCUGCCGGCGCCACGAGCGGCGUCACGGGAAGGGGGCGGCCGCCCCGGCCCCCAACCCACCUCAGACCCCCUUCCGGGGGGAUGCGGGGAGCCGGGGGCCCGGUGCUGCGCAGUGA